AUGCGAACUCCCAUAACUGGUCUCCAGGCUGCAGCCAUAACUUGUUGCAUGAUUUCCAGCUUUAAGUGUUUCUUGAUUGACGAAAGAGAUUCCGAGGUUUUCAUCCUCGAUGGAAACCAUGGCACAAUGAUUAGUCAGAAGGCCGACGUCCAUGAUGGCCAAAUAGAAAAACAAGAUAGAGAAAGAAAACGGAAGACAAAAACCAUGCAAAGAUCUGAGUGGUUUGAAAUCAUUUUCACACCACCGCCCCUUUUCUCUUCUCCGCAGCCCGCAGCCCCUUUUCCCUUCUCCCCAGCGCCCACCGGCCGGCCAGCAACCCGCCACCGCCAACAUCACAGCCACCGGCCACCAUCGGUUUCGCUCCUCCAUCGCCCACCGUCAUACCGCACAGCCACCGCCACACCGCACCUUCUAUUCGACGCCUCCGCUGCCGAGCCACAGCCACAGCCGCCUAGCUUCCCGCCGCACGGCCGCCCACAGACGAAGCGCUGCACCGCCUCACUGCCUUCCGCCGCACCCCGCUCCUUUGCUCCACGUCCAAGUAAACCAUUGGAAGUUGUUAUUGCUGGUGCCGGUUUGGCUGGGUUGUCUACUGCAAAAUAUUUAGCAGAUGCGGGCCACAAACCAAUACUGCUGGAGGCACGAGAUGUGCUGGGAGGAAAGGUAGCUGCAUGGAAAGAUGAUGACGGAGACUGGUAUGAGACUGGCUUACACAUAUUCUGUUUUGAAGUUUCAGAAGCUUCUCAUCAAUCCAUUGGCAAAAGUGAUGAAGAAUGGUUACAUUGCAAAUUACCCAAAUGCAUUCAAGGAUGUCUUCGUUUAGAGACAAGUCAGAGGAGGGCCCUGAUGCUGCUGCACUUAAAGGCAAAUUGCAUGCGUUUAAUCAGAGUAUUAUUCAGCAAGUGGGUAAUUACAUGAGAGAUCCAAGUAAAAUGAUAAAGGGUAUGCAGCUUAGCAGAUCUGCAGUUGCGAUAUUUGGAAGUGUAAGGAGAGGGUGAUUACUAUUUUGUUGUCUGAAUCCAUCUCCAUAUUAUUACUGUUCUGUUUUUCUAUAUUAUAUAAGUUAGUUAAUUUUGUAAU